AUGUCUGGUGAGAAAGUGCACUCCGGGUCUGCUCUGCAUCCAGUCUCCGUGAGACGAGACCUCAUCAACCCCACCUACAGACUCCGAGAGUCCAUCCUGUUGAAUACCAGGCUGCAGGACUGCUAUGUGGACUCACCGGCUCUCACCAACAUAUGGACGGCCAGGAAGGGUGCCAGGCAGACUGCCCAUGCCCCAACUCCAGUCACCAGCUCUUCUUGGGAAGUUGUAAAGAAUCCAUUAACGGCCAGUUCCUUCUCCCUGGUGAAGCUGGUCCUCAGGCGCCAACUCAAGGACCAAUGCUGCCCCGGGCGGCGCAAAUUUGAAGAAGCAAAACCCUCCAAGGGAUUCAAGCCCAAGGACAGCCCUGCGCAUGGCAUCAGAAACUCCAGCAGGACCAGAAGCAAGCGGCCUGCCGGGCAGUGGCCUGGCUCACCUAGGCGCAAGAAGCCUGCAGGAGGCGAGAGUAAAGAAAGUUCAAAGGAGAAAAAAGCAACUGUCAGCCAAGAUCUUGAGGACAGAUAUGCCGACCAUGUGGCCGCCACCCAAGCGCUGCCCUGGGACAGUGGGGCCUCAGCCUGGAAGGGCCAGGCCAGGCUUCCUGAAGCCAGAAAGAGAUCACAGUGGCCAGAGGAUACGCUUACCAUCCACGGCCUCCCUACCGAGGGCUACAAGGCGCUGUACCACGCCGUGGUCGAGCCAAUGCUGUGGAAUCCCUCUGGGACCCCGAGGAGGUACAGCUUGGAGCUGGGCAAGGCCAUUAAGCAGAAGCUCUGGGAUGCCCUGUGCAGCCAGGCCACCACCCCCGAAGGUGCCCAGAAGGACCUGCCGCUGGGCAGGAAGCAGCCACUCAGUGAGGAGUCUGGGCCAAAGAAAUGGCCCGAUUUAAAGAGCGGGAAAUAG